AUGUUGAUGACGACAACGAUCUCUUCGUUGAGAAUAAUACAUCCAAGGUCACUUUUUCAGUUCACAACAACCCCACGGCAUAUAAUACCGAUAAACUGGUCUAAUGUUCGUAACUAUUCCGCUCCAAGGCAAUCACUUUUGACAACCACAUCUCCAAUAACAAAGUUCUACCAUUCCAUUUCCCCUUCAUAUAAGUACUUUCUGAUUUUCCUUCUCAUUGCAGCAACGAUCCGUCAUGUCCAUCCCAACACGUUGAUCACCGCGGGUCCACCGGUUGCUAUAGGCUCAUACUACGCAUAUCGUCAUUAUCAUCAAUCAUACCUCUAUAAGCGUGAGCUUCUUAAGGUCUACCCAUCUACCACUGACAAGGCAAACGAUACUAAUAACCAAAUUCAAAUCCAACCCUACGAUGAAAGUGAUAUAAACAACGUUUUAAAUGGAGUGGAGAAUGAAUUCGACUCAUUUAAACUGCAACUUCUACCAUUAUUGGAAAAGAAAUUGGUAGAUUAUGCCAUACUUCACGAUAAUCCAAUGGGGAUCUUUAUGAAUGAAGAUCAAGUAUCUUCAAGAUUAUCGUCAGAUCUUGAAACUUUUAUCGUGUUACCAAUCCGUGAAAACCUUCUUCCAUACAAUGAAUUCACUCGUGAUCAACUUUUAAAUGAAACGAACACAUCCAUUCGUUUCUCUAAAUUCAUUAAAUUCUCUCUACCAUUUUUCUCCGGUAGAGAUACAACCAGUAGAAAGAGAUUGGCUACAGUUGAAGUUUAUUUGUUACAACAUGAAGAAGAUCCACAUCGUUACAAUGUGUCAGUAGGUAUUACACCGUAUGGAACUCUUCCUGGACGUAAAACUCUUUUAAUAGAUGAUUUCGAACAAGGAGGAUUAACCAGUAGUAGGGGUGAUAAAGCUGCAGCAGAUGUGAUAGACUUAUAA